UUGAUUCCAGAACAACGCAUUGCGUUUGACAGAAUUAUGCGUGCAAUCACAGAACAAAGCGGUGGACUGUUUUCCGUAGAUGCGCCCGGUGGUACAGGCAAGACUUUUCUUCUUUCACUAAUUUUGGCAACCAUACGAUCACAAAAUAAUAUUGCACUGGCUAUUGCAUUAUCUAGAAUUGCGGCAACUCUUUUGGAUGGCGGACGAACAGCGCAUUCAGCAUUGAAACUGCCGUUGAAUUUGCAAAACACUGAGGCACCAACAUACAACAUCAGCAAAAAUUUUGGAAUGGGAAAAGUACUCCCAACGUGUCAAAUUAUCAUAUGGGACGAAUGUACAAUGUCUCACAAGAAAGCAUUGGAAGCGCUUGAUCGUACACUGCGAGAUUUGAGAGGAAACAGACGGAUCUUCGGUGGCGCACUCAUUUUAUUGUCUGGUGAUUUUCAACAAAUAAUAAUGGGCAGUACUUGUCGAAAAUCACCACGUUCAACACCCGCUGAUGAACUUAAUGCGUGUCUUAAAUCAUCAGUUCUAUGGCGUCGCUUACAGAAAUUGACUUUGAAAACGAACAUGGGUGUACAACUACAACGGGAUGCAUCGGAUGGAAAUUUUGCAAAAGACGAGGUGUAACAAUGCGCGCCGGGUACAGCUAGUUUUUUAUAAAACAAAAAAUAUAAUAAAAAUAAACAGUCAAAACACACAGGUGUUUCCAUAUAAGAACAAACGAAUAAACGGUUCAAAUAAACAUAUAUAUACAAUAUAUAUAUAGAUUCGUAGAUAGAGCUAGAUUGAUAUAUGUACAUAUAUAUAUAUAUAUGGCACAGGUGUACGUAUAUGUAUGAUACGAUAACCUAAAGUUUCCUG